AACAGCCGUGAUACGAACGGAGAUCUGGGACACCAGAGAGAGAGGGAGGAGGACAGAUAACAGGUUACAAUUGGAGCCUAAUCGAUUAGAAUGAUGCAACAUUGUAUUGGAAUCUGGCAAUGAUGGAUUGGAACAAUACAACACUGGAUUUGAAUCUAAAAAGAAAUGUUUGGAAUGUUACAACAACUGAUUGGAAUGGUUUGACAAUGGUUCAAACAGUCGAUGGGAAUUGGAAAACAAUGGGAAAGGGUUUCAUUGAGAUGUUGAAUUCUCUUUCUGAUUCUUUUGCUUGGAAACCUCUGAAAAUCCGCAUUAGAAUGGUUCUUCAGAUUAUGCAAUUUAUUUAUUAUCCGAUCCUCGCUAUUGUUUCAGUGCCUGCCAACGUAGUAACAAUUGUGAUCUUGUCCCAGGAAAAGUGUGGUCUCUCCCGAUGUGUCUCUCACUACCUGGUAGCCAUGGCAACAGCAGAUCUCCUGGUCAUUAUCUUUGACCUCAUAUUGCGACACAUUCCAUUUGUCUAUUUGGAAGAGCAUCAUUUCUUAGAAGGUACCCCUGUGUGUAAUAUCCACGCUGUCCUGCUUUAUGCAGCCACUGACUGUUCUGUCUGGUUCACCGUCACUUUCACCUUUGAUCGGUUUGUAGCCAUUUGUUGCCCAAAUAUGAGAAGUAAAUAUUGCAAUGUGAAAACAGCAGCUGUGGUUCUGGCAACAGUGACUGGAUUGAGCUGUUUGAAGAACAUUGUCUGGUAUUUUAUGUUUACUAAUAAGUAUCAUGGCUGGAGCAUACCCUGGUUUUGUCGGGUGACAAGUAAUGUGAGGUUUUCUCCAGUCUGGGGAGCAAUUGAGUUCUGUCAUUACGUACUAACACCAGGAGUUGCCUUUAUUCUCAUUCUGCUUCUCAAUGUUUUAACGGUUAGACACAUUGCAGUGAACAGCAGAUCCCGCAGGAGACUCCAUCAGCAGAGCAACAGAAAGAGCACCAAAGACCCAGCGAUGAAGAGUCGAAAAAAUUCCAUCAUUUUAUUGUUUCUUAUCUCAGGGAAUUUCAUUGUAUUAUGGUCAGUAUCAAUGGUGUAUUGCAUAAAUUGGAGAAUGACAUUUUUGGGAUAUGAGUCUGUAUAUCUGCCUCGUUUUGUAAUGGAACUGGGCUACAUGCUGCAGAUGCUGAGUUGCUGCACAAACACUGUGAUUUAUGUCAUCACACAUCCUAAGUUCAGAGAGCAUUUGAAGAAUAUCGUGUACUAUCCCUUCACUCCAAUUGUGAAAUGUAUUAAACAUUGAGACUGACGGAAGAAUUACAUCUUCAUCAAUCAAUUUUGCACACGUUUCCGUCUAAUCCACAGCCCUGGUGCCUUAUUAAUAGACAUCAAUGAAAGAAGAUGAUAUCUCCAGGACCUUUGAUGUGUGAUUUUUCCCUCCUUAUUUUGACAGCCUGUGCACUUGUGCCAGUACACUGUUUAUCUGCAUCUCAAUCCGAGUGUGGGUGUGUGGCUGUGCAUGUGUAGAAGCAUCAGAUAGAUAGAGAGAGGAGCAGAUUCACUAACAGACACACUACUCAAGAGGAAUCACAACAUGAUGAAAUGUUGUCCAGUUUGAUGGUGAUA